AUGUCCCAGCCCAGACCACCACCGCCGCCUGGAAACAUACCUCCAAACCUCGUUGCGCCCUUCCAGGCCGCCUGGGAGAGACACGCGCAACGAGCGGCCCAUCAUGAUUCGGCAAGCCGGCACCCCGUCUUCUUCACCGAGAGGCUCAUGAGGCCACCGCCGGCCUUCGGCGGCACACCGGCCCCGGUCUUGGCGAUGAGCCCAGUGGCGCAGGGCUACGUGUAUCAGGAGGGGCAGGUAAAGGCCACGCAUUCUUCGAAGCUGUGA